GAGUCAUUGUUUCUCUGGCUGCGCUGUUUGGUCUGGGAAACACAACUUAAUCAAAUAUUUUGCAUUUCUAUUCCUUUCCGCACUCUUUCUCUAUUCCUUCAAUCUUUCUUUUUGUCUCUCUAUUCUCUCACAACCCCACUCUUCUUCUGCUUCCUUCUAGGGUUCAUUAACAAACUUCUAACACACUUCCAAAAUUUUCUAAGAGGGAUGCUACAGGAAUGGAUACGGUGAAUAAUCGCAGCCAAAACAGGGAAGAGCAGCCUCCGCCGCCAGGGACUGCGCUUGCUAUGGUGGAUGCUUUCCAUUACUCCAAUGGUUCCGAUGGUGGAGAAGAAGCAACCACUCCAUUGGGCCAUGCUUCAACUGCUGUGCACGCCCGAACCAGUGAACUCACCAUUUCCUUUGAGGGCGAAGUUUAUGUUUUUCCUGCUGUUACCCCACAAAAGGUGCAGGCUGUAUUGUUACUUCUGGGAGGGCAGGAGACACCAAAUACUGUCCCCACCCCGGACUUUUUGUUGCAGCAAAACAGUCAGGACAUUAGGGAAAUAAAUGAUCCUUCCCGAUGUUCAAAGCUUUCCCGAAGAAUUGCCUCACUAGUUAGGUUUCGUGAAAAACGAAAAGAGAGAUGUUUUGAGAAGAAAAUACGAUACACAUGUCGUAAAGAGGUUGCCCAGAGGAUGCAUCGUAAGAAUGGACAAUUUGCAUCACUGAAGGAAGACUACAAAUCUCAUGCUGAAAACUGGGAUUCAAGCAAUGCUAUUCCUGGGCCAGAAUCUACUGAACGUAGAUGCCAGCAUUGUGGAAUUAGUGAGAAGUCUACUCCAGCUAUGCGUCGAGGACCUGCAGGUCCAAGAUCUCUAUGCAAUGCCUGUGGGCUUAUGUGGGCCAAUAAAGGAACUCUGAGAGAUCUCACCAAAGCAGGAAGGAUUGCUUUUGAACAAAAUGACCUGGAUACUUCAGCUGAUAUAAAGCCUUCAAAAGCAGAAGCAGAACAUUCUUGUGCCAAGCAAGACAAAGAGGGAAGCCCUGAGGAAACAAAGCCUAUGCAAAUGGAUUCCAGACGGUCACCUGAGAAGACAAAUGAGCAGUUUCUUAUCGGAACUGCUGAAUCAGUUACUGACAACUUGUCCAUCCAAGUGGAGAAUCAUGCUCUUAGUCUGCAUGAGCAGGAUACUCUUGAGGAUCUUGCUGAUGCUUCAGGGACCGAGUUUGAGAUUCCCGCUGGUUUUGAUGAACAGGUUGAUAUUGAUGAUUCCAACAUGAGAACAUAUUGGUUGUGAUCUAGAGAUGUUUCUCUGCGCAAUCAGCAGGUUUGUUCCCAAUGGAAACGCAUCUACACUGCUGGUUCAACUAACAUUGGACUUCUAGGAAUAGUUUAUGUUUUAUAGACAAACUAUUUCUGGAAGCACUGUGAAUUAUAUGAUUGUAGACUUACAGUUUUCAUACAUGAGUUCCUGUACAUCCCUUUGGGACCAGAUUUGAUUUAUAUAUAAUGUGAAUAGUUCGGUUUUUUUUUA